AUGAUCGACAUCCCCGAGUUCGCUGACGCCUUCUUCUACCACGAGCUCCGCGGAGCGAAGGGAGGAAGUCACCACAACCCGCAUGACGAUGUCGACGCGAACCUUGCCCUACAGGAGACAUUCCAGCACAUCGACUUCACCGACAUCAGUGACGCCGAUCUGGAGCACAGAUGGUUCGUGGACGUCGCGCUCGAGAUACAUCAUCCCGGGCACGUCGUUCACUGGCGUGCCGAUCAGCACAUGCCCAUCAUGAGGCAUGUCAUGCCCAGUGCUACUCCGGCGCGAGUGACUGCAUGCGCGAAUGGCGGGAACUUCGAGUACGACGCAUGCAUGCAGCUGAGCGACGUCGCGGGAUUCCGCGUCGCUACACCGACCGCGGGACGAGACGACCAGGUGAAGUACAUUAACGUGUACAGCACGGAGAAGUCUGUUCACUACCAGCUUCAUCCAGGCCAAUUCCUCAGAGCCGAGCCGAAGCAGCUCAUGCCGGGCGAGGUGAACCACCUUCUCCAAAGGUUGAACAAGUGGACGGAGGCAUUUCUCGCGUGCAUGGGGGACGACGACGACCCGCCGCAAGAAGCAUCGGCCCGCCUCGAAGUUCGGGUCUCGGCGAGGCAAUGCGGCGUCGCACUCCGCAACGUCCCGUACCUUCUACUCAGUAAUUCGUGCAUCAGCGUGCCAGGGGACAUUUGGUGGAGUUUCAAAUACUGGCGUGUAUUUGCCUGUUACCUAGCCAUCAAAAACAUGACCAAAUCGCCCGCCUCCCAGCGCGUCACUCGCGCCAGUCUCCAAUUCGGCGCGAUGCUGACUCAUAUUCUCAACGGCACUCUUUACCGG